CUCCCAUGCGCCGUUUUCUACGCCCUGCCGAUUUCGACUCCAUCAUCAGUUCUCACCCUCGCACCUUCACCCGUUCUCUUCCUCAUCAAUACUCUCCCUGUGGUGCUGCAACAAUGGCUUCCAUUUCUGUAAGCCAAGAUUUACUAACCCCUCACAACAACAACAACACCUCCACCACCAGCAGGACCUGGCUCAUCUUUACUUAUGGCACGCUAAAGCGUGGAUUCUACAACCACAGGCUCAUGGAAAGCCUGAUUUCCACGGGCGACGCUUCUUUUAUCAGGGAAUGCACGACGAAGGAGUCUUUUCCGCUCGUCAUUGGACCCUACGGGAUCCCUUUUCUGAUUAAUCAUCUGGGUUCCGGUUACAGGAUCCCGGGCGAACUGUAUGCUGUGUCGGAUCGUGGGCUGGCCCGGCUGGAUGAGUUGGAAGGAAUUGAAACGGGUCAUUACGAGAGGCUGCCGGUGGAUGUAGUGUCUGGCGAUGGACAAGUGGUGGCGGUGGAGGGGUAUUUUGGUCACCGGAGUUUUGGGGAGGAGUUGUGGAGGAAGAAUGGGGAGAAGGGGUUGAGGGAGUUUAGCAAGGAAAUGGGGGGAAAGUAUGUAGUUAGGGCUAAUAGGCCUUUGGGUUCUAAUUUUGUUGAUGAUGUUUGGAAAUUUAUUUCUGCCUAGUCUAAAAUCAUCUUGAUUGACAUUAUUAUUUAUCUGAUGCUUUCUUAUACUAGAACAGAAUAAAGAAGGAAGUCGUCCCAUUUAUUUCUCAUCUGGGCUGUUGAAGGCCAAUCAUUUCUACUUGUACUAGUAUCUAAAUUAUCUUCUUAUUUUUGGUUUUCUA